AUGGGCUUUGAAAAAGACAUGGCUCACCAAGCUCGCAAAUCUAACCCUCCCCAGCCGCUGAGUCUCGGUGUCGGAUCGAACUUCAAUAACCCUCAAUCACAGCAGCUAUUCUCGACCAUCGACAGUCCCAGUCCCAAGUCUCCAUUGAGCCCCAUCUCUCCGAAAUCCCCAAGAUCCCCUUUCAGACUCAGCACAAAGAAAGGUCAAUAUCAAGGCGAGCACCCGUCUAUACAGCUGCAACCAACCGAGUCGCAGCCACCCCGAACCACCCUUCCUCCCUCCCCGAACAUCGUCUCCCUACCCUCGUUGCAACAAUAUUCCGAAAACACGGCCGUUGGACAAAAAGGACAAGAACGAGAACGAGACCGGCCUGCCAGAACUGGCUUCUUUUCCAAUUAUAAGGCUUCGAAGAGUUCCAGUCGUCUUCAGAAUUCAGCUACUAUUAGACAAGUCACCGAGGACAGCAUGUCCAGAGACACAGAACGACCCGCCAUGACCGGGAGGGUUCCAUCGCAGGAGCAUGCCAGGACUGAAUCCAGCGUUGAUCGAUCCACUAUCAGAAAGCCAGUCGGCAGUGCGGCGAAAUCAGAUACUUCCUUGAAUACCACAGCAGAUCCUCAACCCGCAUCCUCAAAUCCGAACAUCCUCAAGAAAAACAAACCGAAACCCUUCAGUCUUUUGGGGAGAACAAAGUCGAUACGAGACGAACAAAGCCCCCGCGAGCUUUCCCCCACCGACAAACCCACCGCGCCGGAACGAGCACAGACUUCACACGCACAUAGCAAUUCUCUCAGAACUGCUCCCCUACGAACUGAAUCCGACCGGUCGUUUAGAGAAAUGAUGAGUUCGAAUGUCCGGCAACAUUCUGAAGAUCGAAAGCAUACCCAAACAAGAGACUCAUCACGGGGCAAGGAUGGCAAGGAGAAUGGAAGACUGCAGCCUUCUCAGGUGAAGGAGACAAACCAUAAUGGACGGGUCCAAGGAUUUUCGUCUUCUUCACGGGACGGCGGCGGGUCUCAUAAUUUCUUGAACAACCUCAAGAGUUCCGCAACAAAGGGCGCAGGUGCUAUAAGCAAGGGCCUUUUUGGAAAGGGGAGUCGAAGUGGCAGCACGAAUGAGAGGGAAGCGCCAGUGGAUGACGAGCAUUACGAGUUAAAAGUCAUCAAUAAACCGCUUAUUGAGCAGACACGACUUACGCGGAUAUCCAAGAAAUUGGAAGACUCCAGGGACAAGACCGAGUUCUGGAUGCCUGCGUUUCCAUGGAGGGCUAUUGAUUAUCUGAACUACAAGGGUAGUGAUGUUGAGGGCUUAUAUCGGGUACCUGGGAGCGGACCGCAAAUCAAAAGGUGGCAGAGGAGAUUUGACGAGGAGCUUGAUAUCGAUCUUUUCGAGCAAGACGACCUAUAUGAUAUCAAUAUCAUCGGAUCCAUGUUGAAGGCUUGGCUCCGUGAGCUUCCCGAUGAGCUGUUACCAAAAGCUGCCCAAGAUCGGGUAGCAAGAGAGUGCAAUGGUUCGGAAACUGUUCCACAGUUGCUUAUUGAUGAGUUAUCGAAUCUCUCACCAUUCAACUACUAUCUCCUCUUUGCCAUUACCUGCCAUCUCUCCCUCCUACUCGCCCACGCCGAAAAGAACAAAAUGGACUUCCGAAACUUAUGUAUUUGUUUCCAACCCUGUAUGAAGAUUGACGCCUUUUGUUUCAAAUUUCUCGUUUGCGAUUGGAGAGACUGUUGGAAAGGCUGCAAGACUGAGGGGUACUACACAGAGCAGGAGUAUCUGCUCUUUGAUAUCCAGCCCCCAAGCAGCGCAGAGGGUCAGAGUAGCAUCGCGGUUGAAAGCCACGAUGAGCGGAAUGUUUCAAGCUCGGAUAGCAGCAAGCCUUCCAGUGUGAGUAUUGAUAACCAAGGUCAAAAGUCGACCCAGGCACAGAAUGCCGCUAAGAAGUUGCCUUUAAGCCAAAGCUCCGGAAGCAUGAGUACCGUCAGCACUAAUCUAACGGUGGUGGAGCAGCGGACGCCGCCAAGGAGGAAUGGUGAUAUGAGGCCUUUGAGUCCGAUCAAACCGUUAAGCCCAAUUGGCUUUUGA